AAAGCGGAGCCAAAAGCUUUUCAAAAUCCAAAAUGCAGGAGUAAUGGUAAAAAAAUACACUUUAUUUUCAUAGAACUAGUCAUUUUCAACACCCGCCAGUGAUUAUUUUUCGUAAAAACCUGCACAUUUCACCAUAAUUUCAAAUUUAAUUUCAUAAAUCAGGGAUGCCAAUUCGCCUAGUUUUCUAUCCGCCGAACUAUAUAUAUAGUAACUAUAGUAACUAUAGUCAAAAGCAUGGCGAACAUAAAAGUUACCGACAUUUAAGCUUAAAUAAAAUUCACCCUGUCCUUUAUUAACAUUGUCCUCAAAUUGGCGGAUUUCACGAAAACAAGCUAGUUGAUUGCUGGGUUUACCUAAAAUAAAUACCAGGAUUCUGAAGUAAAUUUGAACACUCAGAGAUGGGCAACACUAUAACGGUGGCCGAGUUUAUGGCCUCAAAUAUAGUACAUACCGAGGCAGGAGCUCUUCCUAAGGAGCAUUCUCCCAUUAGCGUUGAAGACAGAAUGAAAGCAGGCGACUCACCUCCGCCAGAAUGCCCGAUGCAUAAAAAGCUGCCCGAUAAAAAGGAAAAACCAGUGUUGGUAUCCGAGUGUCCUGUCGUACAAGACAAUUCCGACAUCAAUCCACUAAAUAUGAUGCCACCGAUGAAUCAAAACCCAGCUCCAGACCAGCCAUUUGCGCUACCAAAGGAUAGGCAAGUGUCGUCUAUCCCGAAAGUCACUGAAGAUGGUCGUCAGGAAUUUUGGGUGUAUCCCAGCCAACAGAUGUUCUGGAAUGCCAUGCUUCGUAAGGGUUGGCGUUGGCAAAAGGACGAUAUUCAACCCAAGGACAUGGACGAUAUUAUUAAAAUACACAACGCCAACAAUGAGCAAGCCUGGCAAGAGGUUCUCAAAUGGGAAGCGCUGCAUGCUCGCGAAUGUGGCAAUCCCAGGUUGAAGAGUUUUGGUGGCAAAGCGACAGAGUAUAGUCCUCGGGCACGUAUUCGAAGCUGGAUGGGUUACGAGCUGCCGUUCGACAGACACGACUGGAUCGUGGACCGCUGCGGAAAGGAUGUUCGCUACAUCAUUGAUUACUACGAUGGUGGAAUGGUGGACGACAGAUAUAAGUUUGCACUGUUGGAUGUGAGACCUGCCAUGGAUUCGGCUGAGAACAUUUGGGAUCGGAUGAAGGUGGCUUACAUGCGGUGGAAGUUUGAGCUCAAAGAUAAGGUAAAGGAACUGUCCAGUUAAAGGGCACAGGAAUAGCAUGGAACAGGAUUUCGUAUUAUACCAAAUAGUGCAGCCAUUGUAUCGAUGAUUUGAGAUCAUCGUCCCCUCAAUAACCAAAUGACUAAAUCAAUAGACAGUUCUGAUCCAUUAACAAUCAAACGUGGGGUUUUAUUUCCGUAGUCGAUCACUGAACCGUCUUUUGAA